UGUUAGGACCGAUCACUUUACGGCAGGGUGCAAUCUUCCACAUGGCCUCCAACUAGACUGGAGCCGGAAUGAGCGUAUGAGGUUUGGUCAAUUAAUUCAAAGAGAAAUCAUUUUAUAUGCGCAGCUCGCACUUUAAAAGGGAUUAGGAUGGGUAAAAGUAAAACCACGAAGUUUAAACGACCGCAGUUUAACGCUGUCGGUCUGCCGGUGAACGCUGUGAAGGAGGAAGACCCUGAGGAGGAACAGCACGAUGAAGAUUGUUGUCCAGCUGCAGAGUUGCUGGAGAAACUGCAGAGUCCCAGUGCAGACGUGCGAGAGUUUGCAUGUGCCAGCAUCUCUCGGGUGGUGCAGCAGAGUCAGACUAUCCCGGGUUUCCUUCAGAGGGAUGCUGUGAGGCGCCUCGGGCCCAUGUUGCUGGACGGUAGCCUGGCUGUCAGGGAGACUGCCACUGGGGCGCUCAGGAAUCUGAGUGCAUGUGGCGGUCAGGAGGUGUGUGAGGACAUGGUGAAGCACGACGUCAUGACUCCUCUGACAGCACUGCUUAGAGAGUGCUGUGCUGGAUUUGAGAGCGCCGCUGCACCAACGACAGACCAGAAGAAUGCAGUGGAGGAUGUAGCUAAUGAGGCUGUUAACCUCUUGUGGAAUCUAUGUGAGAGCAGCAGCCAUGCUCUGUCUGUGUUCAACAAAGCUGGUCUCCUUGAUGUCGUAGUCCAGUGUAUGGAGAAACACCCACACAACAUUGAACUGGCCAUAUCUGCUGCACACUGCUUGCACACGGUGACUGAGGAUAACUCAGAGCUGCUCUGUAGCUUGAACACUGCUGUGGUUGGAGUCCUGGAGAACGCACUGCCGUCAUCUCAGCCAGGCAUGGCACAUGUCCUCUUCAGGACUUUAGCUGCAGGGACUCUGUGGAACAUAAAAGGAAGUCUGCCUGCUGCCCGUCAGGCUCAGACCCUCAACGCUGUGGUGGCCACCUUGUCACAGUGCUUGGACCUGGACUCGGGUACAGUGAUACCUGAACUCAGACGAGCAGAAGAUGUGCGUAACAGAAACACACCAGCUGCUGACAUAGAAGAGCAGGUGGCAGGAGAGCUGGCAGAGGAGGAGAUGGACGAGGAGGAGGAAGCACCUAAACACAAGAGGAACGGAAAAGCAGCGAGAGCUGAUAACGACUUCUCUGACCUCUUGCCUAGGGGCAAGGAGGAGCUGAGGGAGGCAACGGCCUUGCUGACAGCCCAGCAAACGUCCUUGGAGAUCAUUGUCAACAUGUGCUGCUCUGAUGACCCAUCCGACGAUGAGUGGGAGGAGGAGUCAAGCAGCGAUGAAAGCGACAUGGGUCCUGAUGGCCUUUGUGACGGAGUGUCAAAUCUAAUGUCUCCACUGUGUUUGUCAGCUGAGGUUCACACAGCCCUAAUCAACCAGAGCAUCCCUGAAAAGGUCCUCAAAAAGAGUGGGUUUCCUGUAAAAGAAGCCGUGGAUGUGUGCAAACAGAACCCCUCCUGGAGAAGCCUUAUAAAAAAGAUGAAGCGCGUUCAGUCCCGGGCGCUGACCUGCCUCCACAGCAUCCUCUCCUCCAUGGACGCAGAGUCUUUAGGAGGAGCAGCCGCCCUGCAGGAGGCAGCACAGCACCUGUCAACCCUCGUCUUUGGGGCUCAAGAGAUACCUAAAGAUGAGGAGUUUCUAGAGGCCGUCAUCAGUGCCAUGCGUUCUCUUUUACAGAUGAUUGCUUCCAAAAAUAUCCCCCAGUGCAUGACCCCCCAGCAGCUGAUGAGCCUGAGUGAAGCAGCCACACGCUGUGAAGUUGUUAGUUUGAGGGUCAACGCCGUCGCAAUUCUGGGCAUCACUGGCAGCACAUUAGCCAAAGAGAAGGGCACUGCUGAAACCCUUCAGAUGAUUGGAAACGCCUUACUGCAAGUUGCUAUGAAAGAUGCUGACCUGGUCGUGAACGGAGAAGCCCUGGAUGCCUUGUUUGAUGUUUUUGCUGAUGGAGACGAGGCAGAGAUAGCUGCUAAAAACAUCCAGUUACUACCUGCAUUAAAGGCACUUCAACCUGUUUUUAAGGCAAAGAUCCGUAAAGAAGGACGAGGAAAGUACAGCCCUCAGCAGCUGUGUGUGCUCGACAACAUCAAAGUUAACCUGAGAAGAUUCAUCGGUUAUCUGGAGAAGGUGGUGAAAAAAUAAAGACUUACAGUUCUUAACCAUUGGGAUGAGUUAAACCUGUAUGAUUUGGACACAUAUUUUAUCAGCAACACAAAAUGAGACGCAAGAUGGAUUUGAGACCAUCAAGUGUAUCUUUACAUGGGUGGUUUACCUUUUGUUUUUGGCUUGGUUUCAAUGUUAAUAUUAUCUAUAAUUAUUUUUUAUUUUACGAGAGAGUGACAGUUUAUGUGUUGUGAAGAAGACAUAGUGACAUGAAAUAUUAGUUGUAAGUUACUGCUAAUUGCAGUAAAAAAAAAAGUUUGUUUUUGCUCUUGUUGAUGUGUCUCAUUCAUCAGAGUUGGAGUUGUAUAUUUUCAUACAUUUUGAAGUGAUUAUUUGUAGAAAGCUGAGACCAGGUUUUGACACAUUUAUCCUCACUUUUUCCCAAUGCUUCAAAGGGCAAAUCAAGUUGGUUUGCUACAGUGACAAGAAAGCAGAGCUAUUGUUAACUACAAGCCCUCAUGGAAACAAAUUCUGAUAUCAGGUACUUAUUGAAAAAGAAGAUUUUUUUUUACAGAUACAGUGUAGUGUUGCAGACUGUUUUGCUGAGAAACAUAUCGCUUUGCUUGAAAAUAAACAAAGUAACUACUGUAGGUCUUUUCAGUAAUUUACUCAUCUGAAAGGGUUUGCAUCACUGCCAAAGUUGUAACAGCAUGGAAAUCUAUUAAAACAGACCUUUAGAAAUGCACACAUAUUCUCUACUUCUGCCUCUGGGCUAAUGUUACCGCCCAUCAUGAACUGCACACUGCAAGGCACCACUCUUAAGAAUGCAGUGGGAACUUAACUCUUUGAUUGAAGUGCAUUGAUCAAAGCAUUUUUGUAUUAAACUUGUGAGGUACCAUCCAAAGAUAAAAAUAAAUAGUUGUCCCAAACACCAAUCAUUUGUAACAAUCAAUAAACAUCAAAACCUCUUACAACUGACAGCUCUGUCAUUUGUGAUAUCUUUGCAAAAAAGUUCCAUAAUUAUGACUGGAGAAACUGACGAAGUUUGCAUAUUGUGCAAUUCUUUUGCCUUUAGAAUAUGGCUUCUGGGUUCUUGCAACAUUUCUCGUAAAUAUCAUGUAUAUUAAAUAUUGUUGCUAUUAAGUAAGACAAUUUAGUUGAGGAUGAAUACAUCAUCAUGCCUUGAGAAUUUUCUUUAAUAAAUCCUGGUUUUUCACAA